CCGCGGGGCAGCGACGUCGCUGGGCAGCGGAGCGGCGGCCGCGCCAUGUGGCUGCUAGGGCCGCUGUGCCUGCUGCUGAGCAGCACCGCGGAGAGCCAGCUGCUCCCUGGGAACAACUUCACCAACGAGUGCAACAUCCCAGGUAACUUCAUGUGCAGCAACGGGCGGUGCAUUCCGGGUGCCUGGCAGUGUGAUGGGCUGCCUGACUGCUUCGACAAGAGUGACGAGAAGGAAUGCCCCAAAGCGAAAUCAAAAUGUGGCCCAACCUUCUUCCCCUGUGCCAGCGGCGUCCACUGCAUCAUCGGCCGCUUCCGCUGCAAUGGAUUUGAGGACUGUCCUGAUGGCAGUGACGAGGAGAACUGCACAGCGAACCCCCUGCUCUGCUCCACCGCCCGCUACCACUGCAGGAAUGGCCUGUGCAUAGACAAGAGCUUCAUCUGUGAUGGGCAGAAUAACUGCCAGGACAACAGCGAUGAGGAGAGCUGCGAGAGUUCUCUAGAACCAGGCAGUGGGCAGGUGUUCGUGACCUCAGAGAACCAGCUUGUGUACUACCCCAGUAUCACAUACGCAAUCAUCGGCAGCUCCGUCAUCUUCGUCCUGGUGGUGGCCCUGUUGGCACUGGUCCUACAUCAUCAGAGAAAGCGGAACAACCUCAUGACUCUACCUGUGCACCGGCUGCAGCACCCCGUACUGCUCUCUCGCCUGGUGGUCCUGGACCACCCCCACCACUGUAACGUCACUUACAAUGUCAAUAAUGGUGUUCAGUACGUGGCUAGCCAGGCUGAACAAAACGCCUCGGAAGUAGGCUCUCCACCCUCCUACUCAGAGGCCCUGCUGGACCAAAGACCUGCGUGGUAUGACCUUCCUCCACCGCCCUAUUCAUCCGACACUGAGUCUCUGAACCAAGCUGACCUGCCUCCUUAUCGCUCACGGUCAGGAAGUGCCUACAGUGCCAGCUCCCAGGCGGCCAGCAGCCUCCUGAGUGUGGAAGACAGCAGCCACAGCCCAGAGCAGCCUGGCCCUGCAGAGGGCCCUACUGAGCCCAGAGACUCUGUGCCCAAUGAGGGCACUGAAGAAGUAUAAAACUAAAGCAAUUCCAAAGUCCACGUGGGUAGAUCUGCUCCAGUUUGUUGAAUUCUAACAGCCCUGCUCAUGAGACACACUGAGCCCCUUUUGAGGAUCUCAGGUUGAAGUUUAGGGUGCUGAUUGCCUCUCCAUCACCGUCUCCUCCUCCGGAUUUCAGGGAUAUUCUUUGGAAUGACCUGGCACUCCUCUGUCCUCUUAGUUGACAUGAUGUGUCAUCACCUUCUCUGUGAGGUUACUGUUCCCUCGGGGCCUACUAUUACAGUCUCAUGCUUCAGAUGAUUCUGCUACUGUUGAUCCAUCCAGUAGGCUUGUGACUGGGCAGGCAGCAGGAUGAAGCCAUAUGUAAGUAGUCUUUGACAGGGUCUGGGCCUCAUUGCUCAUUCAGGUCAGAAGACACCAGACCAGGUGGAGGAUUCUGCCAGAAGGCCAUCAUCAAAUGGCCACUCCAAAAAGUGUCCAGGUGACCAUCCAAUCUCACCUUGUACUGUCCUAUGCAUUGUUCUUACUUCAGCAGAGGCCAAAGAAAACUUGUAGCAUGAGCGCUAGCUUUCAGCUCUCAGCACUCUGGUUUGGUUUGUGAGAGACUCAGAAACAGUUUACCUGGCCUUAUAUAUUUGCCUAAGAAGCCUCAUCUUAAGAGCUUUCUCUAGAAAUCCAGAUCCUUAGCACCCUCCUUGAAAAAGUAGGAAACUCUGCCGUUGUUGAAAACCCUCAAAUGUAUAGGUUACAAGAGCCUGUGGCUGCCUUGACCUCCUGUCCUUUUCCUGGCUUCUGGAUUGUCCCCACCCAAGAUGACCUGGCAUAGUUAAGGAUGAGGACCCAAAUUCAGUUUGCCAAAAUUCUGAGGGAGCCCUUUGCCCCAGGAAAACAGGCCCAGUCUGAUGUGCUCAUAAAUGCAGCUUCAUCGUGAGGGAAGCUCUCCUCAAGCUCCUAAGUUCCCUGAACACCUGACAGUCUAGUUCCCAUGUGCAUUUGGACUCGAGGACACUCAUGUAAGCUCUAGCUUUCAUGAGACCCAUAUCCAGUAUACCUGUGAGAACUCUCAGGUCGCUGUACUGCACACAGAACCCCAGGAACAGUGCACCGAGUCAGGGUUAGGGUUAGAGUGAGGGUCAGGCUCAGCCAAACAUCUGGCAGUUUCUCCUCAGAGAGAAGUGGGCAGUGGAUAACUUGGAGUCUAGACUUCCCAUUGGAUGUUUUAAAGUCUCUUAGAAAUACAUUUGAAACAGUGUGUUUGUUUUUUCCCUUCUAGUUAAGGGACUAUUUAUAUGUGUAUAGGAAUGCUAUCUCUUUGGUUUUGGCAAAAAGCUGCCUUUCCCCAGCCCCAUCCCAUAAUGUCACCUCAGACUCACCUAUAUGCCCAGCAUUUACAUUGGGGCAUCUUGGAGUCAUUAUUUAUCGAGUUCUUGAAAAAUGCAGAGAGACAAGUCUCCCAUCCGUUGUAUAUGUGUUUAGACUACCUUUCCUCUUUCUUGAUGCCUCGCCAGCCCUAGUGCGUAACACCACCACCCACCCCUACCAACCAGGCAAUAAUGGGUAAACAUACUAACCAGGGACAAAACUGGAACCAGGUGGUGCCACCUCAGGCAGCUGCACCCAUUCAAAGCAUUUUUCCACAGCUGACGAAAUUUUUAAUAACCUGUUUAAUGCUAAUUAAAAUGGAGCCUGCAGGAAGCAGGGAUGAAGUGGCCUUCAAUAAUGCUGUCCUGGUGACUUUCCUUUCUAAGUAAAUUCAAACUAGACCGCUGGAAAGCUAGCCACUUGGGGUUUUGUUUGUUUGUUUGUUUUUGCUUUUGCUUAAAUAAACCUAGUUGCUUGUAUCUUUUAUUUUUUUAAAAUAGCAAUUGAGUGUGUGUGUAUGUGUGUGUGUGUGUGUGUGUGUGUGUGUGUGUGUGUGUGUGUGUCUAACCCAGUGAAGAAAGAACCUGGGUGGCGGCAGACAGAGUUUUUCUGGCUGUGUAUCUCAUCCCAGUGAGACAGUGUUGCUCUCUCUUCCCUUUGAUGGAUUCCCGCUUCUUUUUUUGGUGCUCUGAAAGUUGUCUGGAGGAAAGGAUUCUAAUUUUAAUUAAUUGUGCAGUGAGUUAAUCUCAUGAGUUUUUCUGCUUCAAGGCAUUUUAGGGAAAACAAAUGGUUUUAGUAGAUAAGGGGAGCCUAUUAAUGUUGGUUUUUUGUUUUGUUUUGUUUUUUUUUUUUUAAACAAACACAGGGACAUUUUUACUAUAGAUUUGCUUUUUAAUGGAUUUUUAAAAUAAUAGUAGUAAAAAUAAAUAAGAUAGCAAAGCUCUGGGAUUUAAGGGUCCCCACCUCCCCUUUUUUCUUAAGAUACCAAGUAAGUGGCUAGCAAUAUUUUUAAAUUCAUUCCAGCUGGGAAUUUUUUAAUACUAUAUUGCCUAAUUCUACACCAGCCAGAAAAAUGUUCUCCACUGUGUCUUCUCCAGUGAGAUGACUACACUAGACUCACUGUGAUUGGAAACUCACUGCCUGACUUAACUGCCUCUUCCUUGGAAUUGACAAUGUUUUUGAAAUGUAACUAAGCUGUUAAUAGUGUGCGAUAUUCAAAAUUAAUGUAAACUGGAAGGUUUUAUGUGGUUGCUUUCUUUGGUUUGUUUUUUUAAUUUUUAUACUCUAAAAUAAACUUGCAGUUUCAUUCUU